AAUGCAAAGAGGCCCAAAAAUUUGGGUAUCAGAACCAUAAAUCUUUAAGUGACGUAAUUUUGGCUACGGUAGCCGUCGAUUUAGGUAUUUUUGCCCUUGUGUGAGCGAACAAUGGCAGCAACGACGAUGCCAUUUUGUUGCUUGUCUCUUCUUUUGCGUGAACAGACCAAAGAAUCGAAUCUUGACAGCCCGUGCAACAAAAACGACAAAUGCACAACCUGAUAGCUACUGGCUUGGCAACAGUCUCAAGUCACUGCUCUCUCGUGUAGGCGCUGCAAUAGCUGUUCGGUGUCUUCCCCUACGCUCCUGCCUUCACCGCUCGAAUUUUAUUAAGAAGACAUACGUCAAAGGCAACAAUUUGCGGGAUACCGGUAUACCAUUGAGUUUUCCCCAACAAAUUUGACUUCACGAGUCACUACUUUACUUUGUUUUGGCAUCAACCCAACACACCAUGCCUCCUUCAGCAGUGGGACAGGAGAAUAAUUGCCCCUCCAAUGUUUUGGAAUUGGCCAGCGUGGAACUAGACGGUCUCAAGGCCAAUGGCCCCACCUAUCAUUCUUUCCCUCCAGCUUGCCACGCUCUACUGAUGAACAUUGAAGGAAACAAUCGAUGUAUUGACUGCGGAGCCAACAAUCCACAAUGGGCCACUGUGACCUAUGGAGCGCUGCUCUGUCUUAAAUGUAGCGGUAUGCAUCGAUCGCUGGGAGUGCAGGUCUCUUGUGUGAGGUCUGUUACCAUGGAUGAUUGGUCAUUGCAAGAUGUGCUUACAAUGUUGGAAGGGGGAAACGGUCAAUUGCGAACAUUUUUCACAAGACACGCUCUUUGCGAGAACACUGCUCAUGACAAACCAGGAAAGGUCAUCAAUUCAGAAAAUGUGACUCUGAUGCGCUACAAAACGAAAGCAGCGCUCUUUUAUAAACAACAAUUGGAUCUGCAUGUAGGGAGAGUACUUCAAGCAUUACCGUACCGAGGCAGGGAACAUUCACGGGGGUUAAAGAAUCAUCAACAGAGACCGCUCUCGAAAGCAAACUCGACAAUUUGAAGACUCUUAUCUGAUCUAGAAAGUGACAGAAGCUAGGGUGUGUGUUCGAACGAGCAAAAAAUUGCAGUGUGGAAGCCCUUCAUUCUGGUAUCAGAGCUGCCCUAUGGGAUCGAAUUGAAACAGAUCAUCCCGAUUUUAAGCGGAUGUAUUUCGCGGUGCCGAUCCGUGCAAAUGACAAGCACUAUCAUAGACCGAGCGCAAAAGUGAACGACAAAGUUCUGAAUAGCACCAUACCUAAAUAUACAACUCUUCACCUGGGAUGCCGUGGAUUCGAGUAUAGUUGCCCCCGCCCUCUCCAGUGCAGUGCCCU